UGAUUUGAGUUCAAUGCUAAAUGCAAACCAUUACACAGUACCACGAUUCAAAGCCCAUACAAAGGUUAUAACGAACAUGCUUAGUAAAACGUUAUUUUUGGCUUCAUUGCGCUUUGCUUUGGCCGCCAUUACUGUAAUUAAUUCUGACCCACCAAACCCUCAGUUAAAAGCCUUAUCGGCACGAUAUGUUAUACACAACGUAGAUUGGGUUUCGAUUGCAACAAUUUCCACCUUACCAUUUGCCAAAUCAUAUCCAUUCACAAAUAUCAAAUCAAUGAGCGAUGGUCCCAUAUCACAAGGAACUGGAAUUCCAUAUAUUUUGAUGACUGGUAUUGACUUUUCGGGAAAAGAUUUAGAAGCGAAUCCAAGAUGUUCUGUAAUGGGAUCACUUGCAGAAUUGCCCUAUUGUAAAGAAAAAGAGUAUGAUCCCGAGGAUCCAAGAUGUGCUCGCGUUAUUUUAACAGGACAGUUUGAAAGAUUGGAUAACACCACAGCAGAGUACCAAUUUGCAAAAGAUGCGUUAUAUAGUAGACACCCUGCUAUGAAGUUUUGGCCAAAAGUUCACAAAUUUUACAUCGGUAAAUUAUGCGUAGAAAACAUUAUCGUUUUAAAUGAUUUUGGAGGAGAAGUAUUCGUGACGCCUGAAGAUUAUUUUAAUGCAAACGAUACGCUGCUGUAUGAAAACAGAUACAACAAAAUUGCAGCAAUUCCUUCCUUUUAGCACAGAGUCUCAGACUUAGAUCAGCUUGUAUAAUCUAAAGUCUCAGAGUCUCAGCGUAGACUAUAUUAUCUAUAAUAAUAUAAUAAUAAGUAUAUUAUCUUUCAAAUGUAUAUAGUAGCUAUACGGCCACGGCCAAAAUCAUCCUCGCAUAAGUUCAACUGAUAGGUAUACAAAUAAAGAAUGUACUCGUACCUAGUA